AUGAACCAAUGUUUAGUGGGGGCAGAUCGAGCAGGCGGGCAGCUGGCACCACAAGUUCCCGCUGUUCUCCCACACUCUCCGCUUCCCGCCCGCCAGGCUUUGCCAGGGGACACCAAGAACGGACAGCUGGAGGUUGACUGGAGACGGUGGCCUUAUCAAGAACACGCACAAAGCAGCGGUUGUUGCCCCAUAUUUAAGGCAACACACAUCUCCCGUGUCUGGCUGCGCAACGGCUGGCACCAAGGACCAGAACCAGCCAGAGAACCUGGACCGCGCUACAGAAUCUUGACACACGGUCUUUCUCCUGACCUGCCAGUCCUGUCGCUCGCUUUCGCUGGUCCCUUUGCUUGGCUUCCCCCUUUGCCAGAAGCAACCACCCAUCUAACCUGCCACCACCACCCUUUUUUCUCCUUCAUUUCGACGCCGCUGGACGAUUUUCGGGGGGCUUUGACCCAGACGACGAAAGGAACAUUAGCUUCUUUCUCGACUUUUCUACCCUCCAUGUCUUCGGCAAUCUAA